AUGCACACUGGGAUUCCCCUGGCCCCCGCUGAGCCUGGGGGCCCUACACCUCAUCUUACUGCACUUGAGUGUCCUCCCUUGGCUGGACAAGCCUCAUCCCACGGACAGCCAUUCCACAACAUCUGGGCAGUUGCAUGUUCUCCAUCCAGGGUCCUCACCUUGGAUGCCCCGCUGAGUAGGAUACUGCCACUUACCAGCACCAACAGGCUCUUGGGUGCCCGGCAACUUGGGGAAGCAAAGUCCAAGGUCUCUGGCCUAGUCUCCCCCCAGGACAAGGGGCCGCCUUCACAUCCAGCUGGGAGUGUCCCUGCGGACCCCUGCCCACCACCCAGCAAGCUGCCUGCAGUUGGGGCCCCUCUCAGCCAAGGGCCACCCAGGAGGAGCAGACAGAAGCACAGAAACCCUCAUCUUCUCGUGGACCAUGAAGCUGGGGUCCGCGCUGAGCACUCCCUGGUCAGCAGAGAGCAACAGUCCCCUCACAGUAAGAGCCCCCCGAAACACCAUCUGCCUGCACGGCCUCCUUCCAACCUCUCUGCACCUGACUGUGCCUUUGGUGGGGGGCUGCCCCUGGCCUGCCCUCAGAAUGCCACGUGUGCUCGCCCACCUGCAUUCUCCAGCCCCUUUGUUCCCAAGAUGGGCUCCCCACUCAGCCAGGGGAAACCUCCCGUCCGCAAAGAGGCCCGCCUGCAUCUCCUCAGCCCUGCAGACCCUCCCUCCAGGACUUCCAGCACUGACCCUUCACCCCGUCCAGGGCAGUGGCCAGUCCCCAAGCCCCCUCAUUCAGGACACCACCCACAUGCACGCCGGAAACCCAGCCUGGAGCUUUCCCUUAAUGUCCCUCAAGUCCUUGUCUGCCUGUGGCCCUCGGCGCCUCUGUUGGUCCCAAUGGAGCUGGCUGGAAGGGGCUGCUACCUGGUGGAAGAGCAAUACCUCAUCCCUGUCAUUGUGCGCCCCACCUCUGAGCGCUCCUCCCAGAAGCAGCGCCCAGAGCCUGCAGAGAGUGAGAAGAGAGGCCUCGGAAUCCUCCUGAAGCCGCCAGGCAGCCUUGGCCCCCACCAGCUCCCUGUCGCCCCGGGGACACCCCAGCCCCCAGAAAGGGAAGGGCCGGCUCCGGCAGCCCCUCAUCACCAGCAGCAGUUCAAUCACUUGGUGAGGCCGGCGGGAGACUGGGAAAUGGGGAUGGAAGAGCCACCUGGAUCCGAAGAAGCGCGGCAUCCUCACCCAGGCGGGAGCACCCCGAGACCACUGGCCCAGGCGGGCCUCGGCCUUCCCCCGCCGAGGCCGGGCAGGUGGCUGUCUGUGCAGGCGUUGCUGGUGGCUCUGUCGCUGGGAGGCAGGCUUGGAAACGCCAGCGCCUCGUGGCCUGCGCUUGGAGCGUGCAGGGUGUGGUUCCCCUGGUGGGUCUCAGUGCUGAGGUGCUGA